AUGUGCUUCAAGAAGAAUUUGAAAUACUUUCCCCGUUAUUCUUAUCGAGGGUGUCUACUGGAGUGUCUCACUGAUAUGGUUUUGGAAAGGUGUGGCGAAGUAGUGAGUAGUAUGGGAGGUUUUAUGGGAUUUUUUCUUGGUGCAAGUGUUUUAACAGUUCUUGAAGUUUUUGAUUACAGAUGUGACGUCAUCCUUUGA